AUGUCAAAUAAUAAUGAAUCUGACAUACAGAAAGAAAAUGAUCUACAAACGAACGAUGAGCAAGCGAUCUUAAACUGUCCUCAAUGCGAUAGUUUUCUACAGAAAUGUUUAAUACAACAGAACUAUGCUAUGGUAUUGUGUCCAAAUAGAGAAUGUUUAUAUCCUUUUAAUGAGGUUAGCAGUACAGACAAUCUAUUCUAUGUGGAAGGUUCAGAGAUGUUAAAUGCUGCUACUGAAAGACUAUCCACCAAGUAG